CUGUCUCAAUUUCCUUUUAUUUGUUUUACAUUCACGUUAUCGUGCGGUUGCUCGAGUGAGAAGAUAAUUAUUCACCGUCGACGCAUCAUCAAAACGCAAGACUAUUUCUCGUAUUAUCGUUACGGUAUUAUAAUUUUCGUCAGAACCUCGAUAAAUUUUGAAUUAAUUAUAAUCGUUUGAUUGAAAAAGUGAACAUCUUUAAAUCGAGCGUUAAGAGCAGUAAUUGUCUGCUGAUUACAGGUAGUUAGCCUUGGUCUCAAAAGGACGUUGCGAAAGUCGUAUUACUAAUUUUAGAAUUUCAAUAAAGAUUUUCCAUAGUAUUGGUUUACAAAGCUGCACGCUUGAUUUCUCUUUUAAAUUCUGCACAAGUAGUUCGUUGUCGGAAUCGACUGGACGUGUUUUAAAGAAGCAUAAGUCGACUUUAAGUAAAAAAAAUAAUUUUAAAAAAUGUCGGAAACAUUUUUAUACUUUGCCUACGGUAGCAACAUGCUUGCCAAGAGAAUUCAUUAUAAAAAUCCAACAGCUGUUCAAAAAUACAUCGGAAAAUUGAAGGACCAUCGACUUGAUUUCAACCUGUUUACAAAACGGUGGGAAGGAUGCGUUGCGACGAUUGUUCCUACUCCAGGCUGCGAGGUUUGGGGAGUAGUUUGGGAAAUUGAUAUAAGCAGUUCAGCUGCAUUGGACGAACAAGAAGGAGUUCACGAUAACAUAUACUUUUCAAAAACUGUUGAUAUUGAAACCAGUACUGGAGAAACUAUCAGUUGUAAAGUUUACCAACAAUGCCAGGUUCCAGAGAACUAUAUUGAACCAAGUCAAUUGCCUCCUGAAAGGCAACCUUCCUUUGUCUAUCAUAACAUCAUCCUAACUGGAGCCCAAGAUCAUGGUAUUCCCGAGGAAUAUAUUAAAUAUAUUAAGUCUUUUCCUCAUAAUGGCUAUGCUGGUGAAACGCAAGUAGACCUAUCUCUGACCGAAAAAUAAACUUGGUGAUUUUUCUGCCUUGGACAUGCUUCUUGAACUUGGGGUCCUUCGUGACUACCUCCAGAAUAUCAUUCUCCGUCAUUACGUCCAGUUGUCCGCGCGGAAUUCGCAAAGUUGUGAAAUCUUUGCUGUUCACCUGUAAAAAACGCCAUAAAGUUGUAACUCGAUUUCUUUGAAUAAAAAGAAAAAUAUGUU